AUGUCACAAGCAGACGCGGCGGGGGGAUGCGCCUCAAUACCUGUGAGGCAAGGGUCGCCAUUCGACAUGGAGGCCGCCAAGAAGCCUCUUCUGCCAUUGCGUCCGGUGGAUCGUGAGGAGGCACUGGACGCACUGGCAGCUGGAGGAGGCCCCGAGGAUGCUGGUGGCCCGGCCCUUCGCAGAGACAAGAAGGACUCCUCCGCCGUCGAGACGGCUGUCGAGACGCUCUUGAGGAGCCUGGCUGAAGAGCCUUUCGAGACAGUCUUCGAGGAUCCCUCGUCGACGGCCCCGAAUCUCACAAAUUCUUGUCAGCUGCGGAACCUGGACACUGGUGAGGUUCGACCCUUUGCUAUGGACAAUUUGACCCAAAGCUUUGUCGGCUUUCCCUCCGAACCAAGUCGGUUGCGUAAAUCCAAGCACUGGCGGCAGUGGUGGCACAGAGCCCAGCUUCUGGACGAGCGUUUGCUACAAGCUGCUGCUGAAGGCAAUAUCAGGAUCAUCCACGAGCUGACACAUCCCAGCGAUGGGGGCCCGCCAGCUGCUGUUCAUUCUCAUUGCAAGUCAGGCGCCUCUUCCGGCAGGGGGCCUCUGCACUUGGCUGUGGCUUCAGGAGUGGUCGAAGCAGUUGAGGCUCUGCUUUCGCAGGGUGCGGACGUGAAUUUCUGCAGCAGGAAGACCCACUUGACUCCCUUGCAUGUGGCCUCGGCCAAUGGAAACUCCGAGAUGGUCGAACUGCUUCUAGAGGCGAGAGCAGAUGCGAUGUCUAAGACAGAGGACAGGCAGUUGGCCUUGCACUAUGCUGCCGCAAAUGCUCACACCGAGGUUGUGAAGAUCUUGCUUCAGCAUGAGCGUGACUCGCGUGACCAGGGUCAUGAGGGUCACGGCCAAGUCGGUGUUCGGAACGCAUCGGGUCAAAGACCGGUCGAGGCGGCAUCAGACCUCCAGACGCUGUGCAUCUUUCGGGACUUUGAAGCGGAAGGGCGGUUUCUGGGAGGCUUGGGCUUGGGAUGCAAGACGUCGAUGACGUCGAGCCGCCGGAACAGCGCCUCCAGCGAGGCGAGCACAGCCACUGGCAGCAGCUGGAGCUGCGGCGAAGCCACGGACGUGCCUGGGCCGGGGCCCUUGCUCCCUCGGGCCUCCAGCUCGGAAGGCCCGGCAAAAGUCUGCGCAGAUGGCUACGACCGCACGCCGCUGGCGAAUGGCUUCCUUCUUCGCAACGCUCGCACCGACGCAGUACGCCGUCUGAUGCAGCUGACACGAGAACUGGACGAGGCCCAGUCCGAGGAUCGUGAGAGGGACGGCAGGACGUUGAGUGCGAAGUCUUUCAAGGCCGCUUCACCGAAAGACUCUCCCGGACGAUCUCCGUCAGCCAGCAGCGGAACAAGCACCCCCAAGAUCCGGACGCCCUUUGCUCGUAUGCGGCAAGGAAGCUCGAGAGUGGAGAAGGUUGGUCCCAACUCCUUCGAGCUAGUCAACCUCCUCGGUCGUGGAUCAUUCGGAGAAGUUUUCCAGGUCAAGCAUAAGCGCACCGGAAAGGCCUAUGCCAUGAAGGUGCUGCAGAAGAGCCGUAUAAUGAGCAGCAACCUUCUUCGAUAUGCUGUGACAGAGAGGAACAUUCUCGCCUAUAUUCACCAUCCGUACAUCGUUUCACUUCAUUAUGCUUUCCAAACUCCUAGCCACCUUGUGCUGGUGCUCCAGUACUGUCCCCGAGGGAACCUGCAGCACCUGAUCACUCGGGAGAAGCGGUUAUGCGAAGAUUUGUCAAGGGUCUACACAGCUGAAAUUCUUCUCGCCUUGAUCCACCUGCAUGAGAGGCAUACGGUUUUCCGCGACCUCAAGCCGGACAACGUUGUCAUCGAUGAGGCGCACCAUGCACUACUCACGGACUUCGGGCUCUCGAAGGAGGGUGUCGGCCAGCGGGGCACAAAGUCGUUUUGUGGCUCGGUCGCCUUUCUGGCUCCAGAGAUUCUCCUGCGGAAAGGCCACAACCAUACAGUCGACAUCUACAAUCUGGGCGUGUUGUUGUACGAUAUGUUGACCGGCCUGCCACCGUUUUAUCACCACGACAGGGAGACCCUCUUUACGAACAUCAAGCAUGCACCUCUAGAGGUGCCGCUGUAUGUGUCGCGCAUAGGACGCUCCUUCAUUGAGGCAACCAUGGACCGAGAACCCGCCAAGCGAAUCGGUGCACACCACACCAGUGACGUGAAGGGUCAUGUAUUCUUUGCUGAAGUCGACUUCGCCCAGCUAAUGCGCCGGGAGGUGUUGCCCCCAGAGGCGCAUCCAUUGGAUGAGCCAGCUUCCUGGAACAGGAAUGGCCCGUUGGGUCUGGCCGGACGAACUCCGGAAAGUCCCUUCGCCAGGGCAGAACGAGGUUGGCGUGGAAGGUAUGCACGCGGGCAGAACGGUGAGCGGUUGGGACUACUCUUUUGUGCCGCCGACGCGCUCCUCGGGUUCCGGGCAGCAGUUCAAAGGAUGUUUCGAGUCUUGGACUCCUUUGCCGUGGCACCCGUCCAGGCAAUCUUACACCUCGUCAAAGGAGCCGGCACUUCCCGGCUACGCUCGUCGACUCUCUUUCGCUCGCGAAAGAUAUUUCAGUGCACUCCACCCGAGGGCGUUGCGCUUGCUGUUGUGCUUGGCACAGCAAGAGCUAGGUUGCUCGUUACUCGUUCCUGGUCUGGCCAGUGGAGAAAGAACAGCCGCGCCAGCGCAUGGGAUUUGGAAAGUUAUCCUUCGUUUGUCGUGGUGAUUGGCGAUAGAGCCGGUGUUGACUGUGGCUGCGAAGAAGCGAGCAGCCACCAUGUGAGCCCUCACAGCCACCGGAGCACCAGCGGUAAGCUGUUGGCCGACCUACUCUCGAGAAGCGGAUUCGAUGCCAUCGUGGAGAUGGCAGAGGAAGCGGACGCCAUAUCAGAAUGGCUGCCGCACCGGUUCAGAACCGAAAUGAGGAUUUCGGUCUCUGAUCUGCCAGCCGUGGAGCUACUCAAACUGGUGAGGUCUGCUACCGGCGUUCCCAACCUGGACGUUGACGCCGACAUCAUGGAUGUCAUCGAGAACGGGUGCGAAGAUGUCCGGCACACGCAGAGGCUGUUUGCAGAGGUUGGUCUUGGUGGCAAAAAGGUGUGGAUCCUAAUGGAAAGUAUGGCAGAUGCCGAGGAGGAUCUGUUCGGCCGUCACCAUGAGCUGUUGCUAAAAGUUUCAGCUGGUGCACUGGAUCGCAGAGUUGAACGGUUGCAGCAGCUGAUGAAUGGCUGGACCCAGAGCCAGAUUCAGGAAGGCCUUAGCCUGCACCUCACCACGGCAGCAGAAGCCCUGGCAUGGUGCCAAAACCGGCUUGACGAUAUCCACGAGGAAUAUCCUCCGCGGUCGGGCACACCUGGAAUUAGCGACGGAGACUGGCAACUCCAGUUGCGGGACACGGCUUUCAGCCCGAAGGGUAAAAGCUGGCGCCGAAAGAAAAAGCCAGGUCUGCAAUUCUUCCCUCUGCGACCUUCCGCUCAUCGUUUUUCUACCCCCUCCAAAGACGAGGGCAAGCACUUCUGGCAACGCCCGGAGAUGCGACCAACUCCAAGGCUGGACAUGGUUGUUCGAAGACAAGACGUUCGGGCUUGCGAUGUUGGCUCGCGCGUGCUUGAAGCGAAGAGCCAGGAGCGCGAGACAGUGUCCCGGUGUCGCUGGGCCGAGUACCAGGCGGAGAGACGACGUGUGACGCCGGUGUCAAAACAGCCACGCUUCACAAGGCAGGUUUGGAAUUCAGGAAGUGCAAUGAUUGGAUGCCCUGGCAGGUCAAGACAAGCUGCGUGGCGCCGAGUCGGUUCCGACGAAGCUUCAGACAAACCGUGUUCUCUCGCAGAGCCGUGCUCCUUGUGGAUUCAGGCCAGCUUUGCAUGUGCCAAAAGGCCGGGAUCCUCAACCCAGAGAGGUGGGCCGGCAUUCUGUUCGAGGGGAAGCAUCUGUUUACGAUUGUUUACGGUGGAAUGCAUCCUGCUACGGUGCUGCAGCGCUGGACGGAAGCGAGGUGCAUUGGAAGACGGCCUGACCCAGCUCAAAAGCGCUGUGGAAAGUUCGUGA